AGAUGAGUACCGCAACCAUUGACAGAUGUGUCCCACAGCCAGUGACGGAUGGGUCCCGCAGCCAGUGACGGAUGGGUCCCGCAGCCAGUGACGGACGGGUGCCGCAGCCAGUGACGGACGGGUCCCGCAGCCAGUGGUCGCUGGGAAGGGGUUGAGCGCCGUAGAGGAGUGUGUGGCGGCCAGUGUGUGUUGGGGCCUGUGUGAGGUCACAAGCCAGGCGCUGCCUCCUCCUCCUCCUGUGUCAUGUGAGUCACCGCAAGCUUCACGUUACUCAGUAACCUGCAAGUUAAGGUCCUUCCUUUACCACAGGAUUAGAAGUUCCAGAACCAUCUAGCUGCAUGGUUUAGUGUGUGAACCCAGGAUUUAAAGGGUUCAAAAUGUUUUCGGCCUUGCGUAAAUUAACGGGUCGGGGUCCUGAUAGCCCUGGGAAUCCCACCUCACCCCCUGGGAUGCAGGCCAUGGCAGCAUCAUUGCAACGGAGAUUUGCUCGUGGUGUCCAGUACAACAUGAAGUUAGUAAUUAGAGGAGACCGCAAUGUUGGAAAGUCAUGUCUCUUUAGACGUCUCCAAGGCCAGCCUUUCCACGAAGAAUAUACACCUACAGAAGAAAUUCAGGUGGCCAGUAUACAGUGGAAUUACAAAACAACUGAUGAUGUUGUCAAAGUUGAAGUUUGGGAUGUCGUUGAUAAAGGGAAGAAAAAGAAAAAAAUUGAUGGAUUGAAACUAGAUAACAGCAAUCUAGAAUUUGAAGAGCCAGCCCUGGAUGCCGAGUUCCUUGACGUGUACAAAGGAACUAAUGGUGUUAUACUCAUGCUGGAUAUGACAAAAAACUGGACUUUUGAGUAUGUACGUCGAGAGAUUGUAAACGUUCCACCACACAUCCCAGUGUUAGUUCUUGCUAAUCACCGUGACAUGGGUCAUCAUCGUGUUGUUUCUGAAGAUGAUGUUCGUUUCUUUAUUGAAGCAUUGGAAAGACCAGAAGGUGCUGCUGAUAUACGCUACACGGAAUCGUCCAUGCGUAAUGGAUAUGGUUUGAAGUUUUUGCACAAAUUUUUCAAUCUUCCAUUCCUUCAACUACAGAGAGUAACACUUCUGAGGCAGUUGGAAACCAAUAUGGCAGAGAUUGAUGCUACAAUUCAAGAGCUUGAUCUCUAUCAGGAGAGUGAUGAUGCAAAUUAUGACAUCUUCUUGAGCCAGUUGACCGAUCGUAGAAGAGCGACAGCUGAAUCAUUGGGUCCUGUGGCCCAGGUUGCUGCCCCAAUCAACACAACCCCUAUUCCUCAGUCACACUCUAUUAAUAAUGUUGCAUCUUCUUCAAACCUCAACACAUCUGUCAAUGGAGUAUCUAAGUCAGUAUCUGUGCCUGUGAGUCUGUCCUCUGCAACAUUAGGCACACAAUCCAGCCCUCAUCCAGCUGAACAUACUUCAUCUACUGUGUUGGCUGCAAAUAUACAAGCUUCCAAGUCCCCUCCUGUUAUCAGUCCAUCAGCAGCUGCAGGUGUGAACAACAGCAGCAGCAGCAGCAGCAGCCAUAACAAUAGCAGUAAUAGUCCCUCCACUAGCACUUGUGGACCGAAGGCACCUAGUCAGAGUCCUGAAAAAUCUCAAGAGAAGACAAGUUUUAUGUCACGUAUUUUUAAUAAAACCAAAGAAGCAGAACAAGCAAAAGAGGCAGCAUUAGAAGACAUAGCUACAUCUGAUCCAGUAUCAUUGGAUGAUUUUGUGCCAGAUGGUGGGCGGUUAGAUCAGUCCUUCCUUAAUGACAUUAUUUCAGCCCAUAGUAAAGAACCAACAGCAUCACCCAUAUCACCACCAAUGCUGGAGGAUGACAGUGAAGACGAAUGCGAUGGAAAUCCAAUGGUGUCGGGCUUCCAAGUUGACCUUGACCCAGAUGACCUCCAGCUUGGAUCAAAUGUUGAAAUUAUUGCUGAUGAAAUUGAAGAAGUUGAGCAAGAGAAGGAGGAAGACAAUAAUCCAGAAGUGUCAUUUGUUAAGUGUGACAUUUCAGACUUAAGGUUUGAUAAUGUACAUAGCUCUGAAGGUGUAAAAAUUGGCAAAAAGGAGGUGAAAAAUAAAAGUAAAAGAAAUCUAACUGAUAAUGAAAAGCAAGAAUCACAUGAAGUAUUAGUAGGCAUGUCAAACUUUAGUAUUGAGGACACACACUCUUACACCUUGCAGCCAGAUAAAACAACAAACACCAUCCUUGGUUUUAGAGACUGUGAAAAAGAAUGCAAAGAAGAAGAAGAAGAAGAAGAGAAAAUUGACAAGCUUGAUGACUGGCUUAACUCUGAAGAGGGAACCAUUGUUAAUCCUUAUGUUUCUAAUAUCAUUGUAAUGCCCGAGGGAUCAGUGUUGGAUGGCUCUGAUCCUGAUGAUGGUUCUGUUGCAGAAGCAAGUCGAGUAAUAGAAAAGAUUAGCCAUCACAGUUGUAGCACUUCAAGAAGUGAUAGUCCUUCAGAACUCUCAGAACGCAAGAAAAAACACAAAAAAAGAGACAAGGAAAAGAAGGAAAAGGAUGAUGAUAAAUUGGGCAAGAAGCACAAGAAGAAAAGUAAGGAUAAGGACAAGGAGAAAGAAAAGGAAAAAGAAGGUGACAAGAAGAAGAGAAAGAAGAAGAAAGAUAAAGAUAAAGAUGGUUUAGAUGAAUUCUUUGGCGGAUCUCCAGAAAAAGAAUUUGACGAGGCUUAUGAAGCUAUUUAAUCCAGCCAUAUUUGCUGUUUAACAUUGAGAGGGUAUUUAAAGAAAUCUUCCCUAUGGUUAUUUAAGGCCCAACAAAACACAGAUGUAUAAGGGAAUUUAAAAUUUUUUACAUUAUAAGUUUUUGUAAAGAUAUUGUAACAACCGUUAAAAGCUCAUAGAUAAAAAAUGGGCAAGCUAUAUGCCAUAGCACAUUAUGAUAUAAUACAUGUUGACUUGGUUAGCAAUGGCCAGAAAACACUUCAGGUACUGUUUAUCUCAAAUUUAUUGCUGCAUCUUUUGAAUGCUCUAUUUUUUGUGAUACAUGUAUUGUAGAAAAUAUGAAAUAACAUAUGCGUAUCAUUCAUGCUAUAUUUUCAUCUUUAGAGUUGACAUACUGUAGCUUGUUUGUUAAGUAGUUAAUUAGAUGGAUUGUGUGUUCCAGAACAAAAAAUUUUGUUUACAAUUUGGAGGGAAAUCAAGAUUUUCAUACAUGGUACUUGUAAUGGACCUAUUGAUCAGCUUCAGUUCUCUUGAUUGCUAAUGUUUUUUUUUUUUUUUUUAGUUUAUCAUUAACGCAUUUAGAAACUUAGAAAAUGCUGUUAAAGUUCUUGGGGCUAAUUUUUUUUUUUUUUUUUUUUUUUUUUUUUUUUAUGAAUGAUCAAAUGAUCAUUGAGUAUUUUGGGUCACUUGACUGUCUUAACAGGUUAUAAUUAUCAUGAAUGCAUUUGAAAUUUUGCACUUGAUGUGAAUCUCUCUUAAGAAAUGUAACAAUGUAAUUUACCAGUGAUAUAGCUCAGUGUAUGAUCCUCAGGGAGGCUCCAUUUGC